AUGCCUAACAGCAGCAUAACCCAGCAGAAUCAUUCCUCCAAUGACACACUUCUGGACACCUCAGAGAAGCUCUGCACAGUUCUCAUAAUCCUGUACAUAAUCAACUUGGCUGGUGGCAUCCUUGGGAUCAUCAUGAUGUCCCAUCAGUUGCUUCAAAGGAGAUCACAAUCCGUGAUGACCAUUAUCAUCAUCAACCUCCUGGUGCUGCACACCUUUAUGCUACUCAGCAUCCCCUUUCGCCUCAGCUAUUACAUUUUGCAGGAGUGGAAAUUCGGGUGGUUUGCCUGCAGGCUGGCGAGUGCCCUCAUCUACCUCCACAUGUACCUCACGUUUGUGUUUUACAUGGCUAUCAUCAUAAUCCGCCUCCUCCGGCUCGAGUUUAGGAAGUGCUACACUACAACCUGGGUGGGUGCUGUCUGGCUGGUGGGAGCACUGAUCAUCACACCUGUUCUUCUUUCGUACUAUGGCACCUCUAAGAUAUAUCACCCCUCCAAAUGCUUUCAGUUCCACGGGGAGAUACAAGAGCCUCACAUGGUGAUCGCAAACUACUGCUUGAUUGGGAUUUUGGUGGUAGUUUGUGCUGCGCUCACCGUAAUCCAGCUGAUGGUGAUCUGUAGACUGGCUGUGAAAUACUGGCCUGACAUUAACUCUCAUGUGGAAUUCAGGGCUCAGGCAAAGAGUUUCUUCUUCAUCUUGAUAACAUUAGUCUGCUUUAUGCCUCAUCAUGUAUUCAGAGUAUAUUAUAUCCCAAACUACCACCUUGAUAAAGACCAUAAACUACUCACAUAUAAUGAAAUUUUUUUAGCUUUAACAACAAUGUGCUGCUUGGACAUGUUGUGCUUCAUAGCAGGGAUAGCCCAUUAA